AUGUGUCAAAUUGGUACUAGUGAAAAAUCGAUGUCUCAAAAUAGUGAUAAUCAUCAACAUAUUUAUGAAUCAAAUCUUCGAGAUAAUGACGAUAUAAAAUAUUUUGUUGAUUUGUAUACAGCAGCAUUGCAUUUAAGACAACGUAUGAAAGAAGAAAAAUUAAUUCAUCGUACAUAUUCAGCUUAUUUUAAUGAUGAAAACAAUAAUAAUAAUUUAUAUUCAUUAUUUCAUAAUUGCUUUUAUUCAUAUGAAACUAUUAAUUGGCUUAUAAAAAGACAAUUAUGUAAAACAAUUGAUGAUGGACUGGAAAUAUUUCAAGUUUUGGAAAAAUUAAAAAUCAUUCACCAUGUUUGUGAUUUUAAUGAAUUUGAAUAUCCUUUAGUACCAUCAUCACAUAAUAAUGUUAAGUAUUUAUAUCGUUUUCGUCUUGAUGAUGGUACAGCUGAUCAAAAUCAUUCAUUUCAACAAUUUGCUUCUACUUAUGAAACUUAUACAAGUUUAUUUACACUUGAUAAAAGUCAAUGUCGUGGUGUAGAUUUACAACAAGAACAGACUUCCAAAAAUCCAUAUGAUGAAAGCUCAGGAAUAUUAAUUAAAGGUGAUAAUUUAGCUGGAAUGCUUGCUUUACGUAGUGGUACAAAUAUAUUAAAUAUUGAACGUCUUAUUGAUGAUAUGAUUGUGUAUGGUCUUGUUCGAUUUAAUGACUGCGAUCAAGAACCAGAAUGUAAUUGUUCAAGAAAAUUUCGUAAUGAUGAUCAUCAUCAAUAUAUAUUAAGUAACUCACAUCGUUUAACAUCAAAACAACGUCUUGAUUUAAUUGCAUUAAUGCAAAAUGAUAUAUAUGAAACAAGACAAUCACCAAUAUUAAAUGAAAAUAUUCGAACAUCAAUUAGUAGUAAUUCAAUCAAUAGUAAUGAAUCAACAAGAAAAGUUUCGAAUAGUGAUGAAAAUGAUUCUACAACAAAAUUAUCAUGUUCUACAAGUUAUAUUAAAAGAAAAAAAUCUGCAAGUCUUAAUUCAACAGCUAAUUCUGAACAUCGUCCAACUGCUGAUGAACUUGAACGACGAGAAUUACCGUGGUGUUGGAGAAGUUAUUCACUUAAACGUGAUCGUCGUGGUUAUGGAUUGAUUCUUCAAGGCCAAGGUCCAUGUUACGUUGAAAGACUUGAUCCAUAUGGUUCAGCAUUUACAUCUGGAAUUCGAGCUAAUGAAUAUUUAUAUGCAAUCGAAGGUAUUAUUGUUCUUCGUCGUUCUGGAAAAGAAGUUGAACGUUUAUUAUCUAUGUUUGAUAAAUGUACAGUUUAUACAAUAUAUAAUCGUGAUGAUUUUCGUCAAUUAUCUAUACCACGUAAUGAAUUAAAUCCCAAAAAUGAUAUCGAUUGUUUCAAACAUUUAUCAUCAUCAUUAAAUGACUAUGACAAUAGAAAAACAUCAUCAACAACAACUAUAAUUAGUCAAUCAAUAAAUCAUGUAAGUCAACAACAACACCAAUUAUCAUAUUCAUCAUCACCAACAUCAUCUAUGGAUGGAAGUUCACCAUGCUCAAUCUCACCAAAACAUUCACAACAAUAUUCAAAUAACAAAAAAGGCGCAUUAACAAAACAUUUUCAAUUUUUUCGACUAACAUCUCGAUCUUGUUCGAAUACAUCGAAAUAA